AUGCUGCAGUUGACAAAACAGAGCAAUGGCUGGAUUCAUUAUCAUCAAACUGAAAUGAAAUUAGUUAUAUACACAAAUACUAAUCCGCCAUUGGCCCAUUGUGCAGCAUUCAGGGUCCUCAUCUAUGCAAUUAGCGGCAAAAUUUUGUUUUCACAGAAGCUGAUGUGCGAGGCUGCAGUUGACAAGACGGAGCAGUGGCUGGAAUCAUUAUCAUCAAACUGAUUAUCAUAAUGUCCUAUACUUCCUAUACUUAUAGUACUCACUAUGCUAGCUUCAUCUCUGGUCAAUGGUUCUUUGCCUUGAAAUCAAAGUACACCGCUGUGUUAGCAGAGGACUAGCAAUAUAGCUGGUAGAGUCACUUCGUUGUCAGGUGUGUCUGCCUCAAAGAUAACAUUCUCAUUGUUUGGUCAAAUAAAGCAUGUGUACACAAACUUAGCUACAAUGCAAAUAUAA